UGUCUUCUAUGCCGCGUGGGUGGGCCGUCUGAUGCCGGCGCCGCGAUGCCGCGCUGCCUCAUGGCCAAGAAAUGGAAGGCGGCUCCUGCGGCGGAGCUGGAGGAGACCGACGAGGAGAUCGACGUGGUGGGGGACGGGCGCGGCCGGAGCCCCGCGCCCGCCGCCACGGCGCCGGGGCCUCCGCCGCGCGACCCCGAGCCUACGCUCCUCUACAACGGCUACACCGAGGAGCAGCCUUCCUCGCAGUUCACCGCGCGGCUGCCCAGCGAGGUGAGCGCCACGGCCGACGCCUCCCCGCCGCUCUCCUACGCCCUUCUGCAACUGUCCGCCUCCCCCGAGCCCUUCCUCCACGUGCAGCUUCAGUCUUCUUCUCCUCCCCCGCCACCGGCGAGCGGCAAGUCCAUCUCCAUGUGCUACACCAGCACGGGCGCCCUCCUCUCUCUCCCACCCAAGAAGAAGGACAUCUACCGCCCCUACUGCCUCGAGAACCGCGCCGCACACCUCCAUCGCGCGGAAGAAGACCUCAACGCGGCCCACGCCAUCCUCGACCUCAGCCAACACGCGGUAUUCCUCACCACCCCGCCUCGGGUCGACCCCGCGCCCCCGAGCCGCCCCCCGCCGCCGCCGCCGCCCCCUGAGCCCACAGCCGCCGAACAGAGCCCCGAAAGACCACGAGAAACCGUCGCGUACACCUAUGAUGCCUUUUUUGUCAGCGACGGCCGAUCCAAACGACGUAACUACGUAAACUCGCCAGUCGAAGCGCCCCCACAGCCCGAACCGAAGUCUAAGUACACUUGCAGUGAGUGUGGAAAGCGAUACGCGACCUCUUCGAACCUGUCGCGCCACAAGCAAACGCACCGCAGCCUAGACUCGGUAUCGGCAAAGCGCUGCGGCGAGUGCGGCAAGGCGUACGUCUCCAUGCCGGCGCUGGCGAUGCACGUGCUGACGCACCAGCUGUCGCACGUGUGCGGCGUGUGCGGCAAGCUGUUCUCGCGGCCGUGGCUGCUGCAGGGGCACCUGCGCUCGCACACGGGCGAGAAGCCGUACGGCUGCGCGCACUGCGGCAAGGCGUUCGCGGACCGCUCCAACCUGCGCGCGCACAUGCAGACGCACUCCUCCGACAAGAACUUCGAGUGCUCGCGCUGCCACAAGACGUUUGCACUGAAGAGCUACCUCAACAAGCACCAGGAGUCGGCGUGCGUGCGCGACGACGAUUCCCCGCAGCCCGAGCCCGCCGAGUCGGGCUAGCGCACGCGCACACGCAACUAGGGACCGUAACCGCCGUAUGGUUUACAACUAAACGUAAAGUAUUAUUAUGAAUUUAGAUAAUAGCGUAAUAUAAAUUUACAAAUUUUAAACUAGGAGCGAGCGUUCGGCGACCCGCUCGCGAUCUGCGGCCUCCGAAACUCGGCACUCGUGUAUUAAUAAGAAUUUUGGUUGUGCUGCAACGUAAACACGAGCAAUAUAAAAGCAAUAUUUUGUGGAACGUCCCGACAGCGGAAGAUAGUUUAGUCGUAUUUAUUUUGAUUUACCUAGUCCGAGUGGA